UGAUGACAGUGUAUGCUUGCUACGCUUGUUAGACAAUAUUUAAACUUCUCCGUGGUGCAAACCUCUACUUUGCCAUUAAAAUAUUAGCCAAGAUUACUUUUAUGCGACUCUUGUGAUUUUUUGGUUUUAACAGUAAAGUUUUUUUAAAACCUGAAAUAGUUCUGUUAGACGAGAUGGAGUGCUCCAUCUUACCGAACAUAUCAUCUUUGGUCGGCCCCUCCAGUUGACGUUCCUCUCGGCCGUUGGACAGACAGCUCCUACACUGUCUGUGAUACUGGGCUGUGCUGCCCGUGGAUCCUAGCACUUAGUCGUCGUGGUUCUCCACUUAGCUUGCUAGCUGUGUAUUUUUUUCCUGAGAAGACGUAGGCUGUACAGAAACAUAUCAGGGUCCUUUUUGUGAGGAGCACUUUUUCUCCCUCCUCCCUUUUCCUGUUUUUUUCUUUUUGUUUCAAGUUUUUUUGUUUGUCUUUAUUUUUUUUUUGUUUAUUGAUUUUGGUGAGGAGAGAAAAACUUCGCCAUCACAGAGCUGCAACCUGUUGUUUUGAUGGUCUGGGCUCAGUCUGUACCCACCGACGGACACAAGGCUUGUGGGUCUAACAGAUCACAGGAGGAAACAUGAGCACAGCCAAGCCCACUGGGAUCAAAGGGCCCAGCAGGAUAGCUAGGCCAGGGGGGACAGCAGCCCCCAAGACCAACCCCAGUACAGCGAGUGCUAAAGUUGCUGCGGCCGACAAAUCAGCUGCAAGUGCCAAUGAAGAAGAUGCCCAAAACACUGGGGAGAGCUUUGAAAUUGGGGAGCGGGUAUGGGUAAAUGGGAACAAGCCGGGUUACAUACAGUUUUUGGGAGAGGCACAGUUUGCUCCAGGACAGUGGGCAGGGAUUGUUCUAGAUGAGCCAAUUGGGAAAAAUGAUGGUUCGGUCGCAGGGGUGCGCUACUUCCAGUGUGAAGCCCUACGAGGAAUUUUUACCCGCCCAUCCAAGUUGUCUCGCACAGAGGGAGAGGCUAAUGGAACUCAGACAGCACCCCCCUCUCGUGCCGCAUCACCCACUCCUUCAGUUGGCAGUGUAGCCUCGCAUACACCCGCAACAAAAUCAACAUUACCCUCAACUACCACGUCAACCAAGAAGGCCUCCUCUGCUACAACAGCCACACCAGCUACACCACCCUCCAACCUUGCACGCACAAACAGUGAAUCUGUCUCCAACCUCUCUGAGACCGGAUCAGUCAAGAAGGGGGAAAGGGAACUGAAGAUGGGCGAUCGAGUAUUGGUUGGUGGUACAAAGGCAGGAGUGGUACGUUUCCUUGGAGAAACGGAUUUCGCAAAAGGCGAGUGGUGUGGUGUGGAACUAGAUGAGCCCUUGGGAAAGAAUGACGGGGCAGUGGCUGGCACAAGAUAUUUUCAGUGCCAACCCAAGUAUGGCUUAUUUGCUCCAGUGCACAAAGUCACACGCAUCGGCUUCCCCUCCACCACGCCAGCCAAAGCAAAAACAACGGUUCGGAAAGUAGUGGCCACACCAUCAGGGCUAAAGCGAAGCCCCAGUGCCUCCUCCAUCAGUACCAUGAGCUCUGUAGCAUCGUCUGUCAGCGCCAAGCCCAGCCGCACAGGCCUGCUAACAGAGACAUCAUCACGGUACAACCGUAAGAUUUCGGGCACCACAGCCCUGCAGGAGGCGCUGAAGGAGAAGCAGCAGCAUAUUGAGCAGCUUAUGGCCGAGAGGGACAUGGAGAGAGCUGAGGUUGCCAAGGCCACUAGCCAUGCUGGAGAGAUGGAGCAAGAAAUUAGUCUGCUCAGGGAUGAUCAGGAGCAGAUGGAGGCCAAGAUGGAUCAGUUACGUACCUUGGUAGAAGCUGCAGACAAAGAAAAAGUCGAGCUGGUGAAUCAGCUCGAGGAGGAGCGUAGGAAAGUGGAGGACCUUCAGUUCCGUGUAGAGGAAGCUUGCAUUACCAAAGGAGACCUGGAGACGCAGACCAGACUGGAGCAUGUCCACAUUAAGGAGCUUGAACAGAGCCUACUCUUUGAAAAGACCAAAGCUGAGAAACUCCAAAGAGAGUUAGAAGACACUAGGGUGGCUACUGUGUCCGAAAGAUCCCGUAUAAUGGAUCUUGAGAGGGAUCUUUCACUGCGGACAAGAGAGGUAGCUGACCUGCAGCUGCGUCUUGGGACCCAACAGGGCUCCGAGGACUCAAACUCCACUCUAUCGCCCCUUCUGGAAGAGAUAAACUCUCUGAGGGAUCAGUUGGCUACCCAAGAAGCUAAACAGCAAGAAGAGCUGAAAAAGUACAAGGAAAAGCUAGAAGCUCAAGAAAAGACCCACAGUGAGGCAGCUGCUCAGCUUCAGGCUUCAUCUGUGAGGCUCUCUGGUGACAAUGAGCAGUUGCAGAUGCGUUUAAGCCAGGCUGAGAAGGAGAAUGCUGACACUAUCGAACUGUGGCGUUCCAAGAUGGAGUCUGCCAUUGCCUCUCACCAGCAAGCCAUGGAAGAGCUGAAGGUGUCUUUCAGCAAAGAUGAAGGUGCCCAGACAGAAGAACUAAUCGAAACCAAAAGUGCACUGGAGAGGCUGAAGAUUGAGCACAAGUUGGCUCUAGAGGAGGCAGGAGCCAAACGUGAGUGUGAUGCUGCCACUUGGACUCGGGAAGUGCAGGCACUGAAGGCACAGCUUUUGUCUCUGCUUGAGGACAAGGAGCGACUGGAGGAGUUGCUACGGUCUAGUGUUGAAAAAACCGAAGAGCAGCACCUUGUGGAGAUGGAGGAUGUUCUUGGAAAACUUCAUACUGCUGAACUUAGGGUGAAGGAGCUUGAAGAGAAAGAAGCGAUGUUGGCACAACAGGCCGAAGAUAAGGACCGAGAAACCAAAGAGAAAAUGUCAGAAAUGGUGGCUCUGCGCAGCCAAGUAGCACAAGGUGACCAGGAGCUUGUGACCCUGAAGAGUCAGUUAGAGGUGGCUCAAAGCCAAGGGAACAACCAAGGUGCCAAGGUUAGUGAAUUGAGCUCACAUUUGGAGAGCCGACAGCAGGAAGUCCUCUCUUUGCAGCAGAGUCUGACCACUGUACAGCAGGAGAAGGACACCCUAGAGCAGGAGCUUGGAGGCCUGAAACAAAGGUUGGCUGAAAGCACAGAGGAGAUGACUAAAUCAUCAAAUACUAUGCAAGAAACUCUUGAGAAGCUCAGUAAGAAGGAAGAGCAGUGCACAUCUUUGACUACAGAAGCAGAGUCUCUAAGAAGUCAACUUGCUGGGCUGGAGAGGAAGCUGAAGGCUACAGAUGAAAAGCUUGAGCAGCUUUCAAAGGACAAAUGCAAGCUGGAAAAUGAUAUUUCAGACAUGAUGAAGACAUCGGGUGAUAGUUCAGUACAGCUGACCAAAAUGAACGAAGAGCUCAUACAGAAAGAAAGGAGGCUUGAGGAGUUACAGAGUCAGCUAUCAGAGGAGAAGGAAAAGGUGGCACACUCAAAUGAGCAACUCCAGCAGGAACAGUCCCGCAAAGAGCAGGAGCUGAAAGAAACCAGAGAGGCACAUCAGUCUCAAAUAAGUAGCCUUCAGGAGAACAUCACCAACUUGGAGAAGACUGUUAAACAGGGUGAGACCCAGGUUGAGGAGCUCAAGGCUUCACAAGAGAAAUCCCUCUCUCAAGCUUCAGAGCUCCAUGCGAAAGAACUUGAGGUUCUGCGAAAUCAGGUUGGCAAGUUGAAGCAGGAGCUCUCCUCCUCCAACGACAGAACCCAGGAGCUGGAGAAGUUGGUAUCUGAACUGCAGCCGUACAAGGAACAGGUUCAGUGUCUUUCUGCUGAGCUUGACUCCUCCAAGCAUGAUGUUGAACAUGUAUCCAAAAAACUGGAAAAGCAGAGGCUAGAUCUGGAAAAAAUGUGUAAGGAAAGUGAGAAUGUUAAGUCUGAGAAAGGCACACUGGAGAAACAGCUUUCAGAUAUGCAGACUAAACUCUCUGCACUUGAGGUUAGUCACCAGGAGCUUUCAGCCCAGAAUGAAGAACUGCUAAAAACCAGAGAUAAGCUUUCAAAACAUCAAGAGGAACUAAUUGCCAACAACAAGUGCUCAGAUGAAGAAAGGACUUCGUUGAAUAAGGAGUUGGAGAAGCUCAAAGGUCUUCUCCAGGAAGUCCAGACUGACAACAAAAACCUGAAGCAUGCUAAAGGUGAAAAACAGGCCCAGAUUGAAGAGCUUCAAAGACAAAAUGCAGAAAGAGAGGCUAAAAAGAAGAAACUAAAUGAGGAUUAUGAAAAUGUCUGCAAAGAGAAGAACCGACUCGAAGAUGACCUCAAUGACAGCAGGUCAAAGUUCGCAUGUGAGAAGGACAAUCUAAUUUUAGAGAGAGACUCUGCUAGAAAUGCCAAAAAAUCUCUUGAUGCUAAGAAUGCGGAGUUGCAGGCUAAACUUAAAUCCUUGAACUUAGAAAAAGAAGAUCUUACAAUGAAGAACACCCAGCUGCAGGCCCUCACAGAAACACUAGUGAAAGAGAAGGAGGAGAUGUCUUCCGAAAUCAGUGCUGCUGUGUUGGAUAAAAAGGGCCUUGAGACUGUGAAGGAGGAGCUCCAGAAUAAGCUCAGUGUUACCAAGAAAGACUUGGAGAGCUCUGUCCGUGAAUGUGAAGAACUUAAAGCCUCCAAAAUGAGCCUGGCACAGAUGCUGGAAGAGUUCAAGACAAGCAGUCAGGUGACUGAUUCUGAGAGGCUUCACCUUCUGCAGGAGAAAGAAGACUUACUUGCCAUCCAAAGAAAAGUUGGUAAUGAGAAAGAAGAGGUCCUCAGAGAGAUAGAAGAAUUAAAGGAAAAGCUUCAAGUCUCAACAGAGCAACUGUCUAAGUCCAACGAGAAAUUCACAGAAGCAUUAUCGUCUUUUGAGCAAGAGAGGCAAGCAUUCCGCCUUCAGAAUUCUGAAGCUGAGAUGGCUCUGCAUGUUGUUCGAAAAGAAAAGAUGAGCCUGGAUUCAGCAUUAGAGCAGCAGAAAAUGGAUUAUGAGCGUUUGGCAGGGGAAAAGGGAGAAUUAGAAGAGAAACUUACAAAAACAAUAUCUGAGAAUAAUGCUCUUUCUCUUGAGCGUGAUAAGCUAGCUAGUGAAGUACGAACAAAUAAGGAGCAGUUGGAUAGUAACUCUAGAGCAAAUGAAGUCUCUAAUCAAGAGAAGUCUGAUUUAACAACAAAGCUAGAGGAAACCAAACGCCAAAAAGACGAAGUUGAAGCAGAGAUGACCUCUUUGAAACGAGAAAAGGCUGACCUACAGAAUGAGCUGCAGAAACACAAAUCUGAUAUUGAAAAUCUCGAAAGGGGAAAAAAUGAACUCGAUCAAGAGCACAGUAAAAUAAAAAUGGAUUUUGAGAAGGCUAACUCAGAACUAGUUCAGCAGGUUGAUAACCUGACAAAAGAAGUUCAGCAUCUGCAAUCAUUGCAGACUGAAGCUGACAACAAAAUGCAGUCCUUGCAAAAAGAGAAACACGAUCUGCUUCAGGAGUUCCAGGAGUUAAAGUGUCAGACUGAAUCCGUGUCAGAGGCCAAGCACCUUCUGGAGACACAGCUACAGGCUGAGUCUUGUGAACGAAAUAAGGCGAUAUCUGACAAAGGGGAUCUCUCCAAACAAAUUGAAGAGCUGCAGAAAACAUUGUCCAAAGCUACACAAGAAAAUGAAAAGAUUUCCUCCAACCUUAAGGAUGGUGAUGAGCAAAUGAAGUCCGUUAUGAUGGAUAUGGAGUCUUUGAAAACACAAUUGAAGCAGCGAGAGCAACAAACUAGUCAGUUGACCGAAGAGAAAGAACAGCUAUUAUCUAAGCUUGAGAAUUUAGACAAACGGAUGACCUCCCUGACCACAGAGAAGGAAGACCUUUUAGCUGGACAGUGUAAAUUGGAGCAGAACAUUUCUUCUUUCCACACAAGCCAAGAAAAUUGGUCCUCAGAACGGUCGAGACUCCUUGGUGAGAUAGAGAAGUUGCACACUAGCCAAAAACAACUCGAGGUUGAUCUCAAGGGCCUACAAACAGAUAAAGAACUUUUGGAGAAGCAAUAUAAGAACGCUGUUGCGGAGGUAUCGGCUUCUGCCCAUGUGAAAGAAGAGAUUUCCUCGAGCAUCUCAAAUCUAACCGCUCAGAAGGACGCUCUGCAGGUGGAGAAAGAUGCAGCCACCCAGCAAGUCAGGCAGCUGGAGUCCCAACUAAAAAAUGCCAUUUCUAAGCAGCUUGAGGCUACAGAGGCCUCUGGCAAGACUGCUGAGGCUCUGGAGCAGCUGACAAAAGAGAAAGCCGGUUUGAUACAGGAGAAGAAUGAAGCCCAGUCUUUGUUGGAAGAAAUCCGGAGCUCCAAGCAGAAGAUGGAGACAAAGCUGGAAACACUGAAGAAAAAUAAUUCCAAGUACCAAGAAGAUCUGAAUGUAUCCAAAGAGCAGCUUUGUAUCGAAACUCAGAGAACUGAGAGUCUGUGCAAGGAAAUUGAGGAGCUUAAAGAAGCAGUUUCUGUGAAGAGUCAGUUCCUGCAGACGCUACAAGAUGAGAACAACAAGCUGACUCUGGAGCUUGAUAACAAUCAGAAAGUUCAAAGUGAUCUUGUGAAGCUCAAGGAUGAGAACUCGAAACUCAAAAAACAGUUGAAGCAAAGCCUGCCAAAUAAUGCCUUCAGUGACAGCACCUUGAAGGAGGCGUUUGACAAGGAGAAGGCUUCCCUCCAACAGUCCAUCCAUAAAAACAGUGCCUUAAUUUCAGAAAAGGACCAGCAAGUUGAAAACCUGAGGAGUGAGCUGGCUGGACUGCGUGAGGAAAGUGAUUCAGUUAAGACAAUGCAGGGUACAAUUCAGGCCUUGGAGCGGGACAAGGCUAGUCUACAGGACCGUGUUCAGAGACUGGAGAAGGAGCUGGCUGCAGGGCCUGAUUUCAUCCACAAGUCCCCAGGUGAUGCUGUUUUAGACCAACUGAAGGAGGAUAAAGAGACUGCAGAGAGUCAAAUUGAGUUCCUGAAUUCAGUCAUCGUUGACCUCCAAAAGAAGAAUGAGGAACUCAAGGACAAAUUGGAGAAAAUGGCAGCUGCCGCUCUUAACGGAAAUAAUCCAAGUGAGCUGGAUAACUAUGAUAGCCAUGACAAGGAAAAGAAGAAGCUUCCCCCGAGGCUGUUCUGUGACAUCUGCGACUGCUUCGACCUCCAUGACACCGAGGACUGUCCCACACAAAUGCAGAUGCCCGACUCCCCUCCACACACCACCUACCACGGCAAUAAGGGCGAAGAACGGCCCUACUGCGACAUCUGUGAGGUCUUUGGCCACUGGACCGACUCCUGUAAUGAUGACCAGACCUUUUAAGCCUUUUUCCCACCCCCGUUCGCACAAUCAGUAUAUUUGCACAUCAUGUUAGAUUACGCUCUGCUUGUGGGGUUUUGGUUUGUGUGUGUGCAUUUCACGUGCUUGUUUUUGCCAAGCGUCUUUAUUGUCCAUGCGAGUCCUUAAGCGCUCUUAUGGGAGAAGGGUCUCCUCAGAAUCUCUCUGCAAAAAUUCAGACAUCCAUAAAAAUCAUAAUCUACAGUUAAGUGUUUGUAUUUGUAAUUGUAAAUUACUUUGGCGCAGACAUGUUUGAUAUCCUGGGAUUGUGUGAGUGAGGAGACACUGUAGGUGGAUGUUUCAUUGUGGGUGAAGCGAUGAUCUCUUAAUGAUCAUUUAAUUUAUCAAUGUGCUAAUAUUGUUUGCACAGCGUGUUGGGGAGUUGCAAAGAUAAUAUAGUAUCAUAAAAGGUGUUUAUUUGAAGCUGUAAAUUACUUGAUUGAAAAAAAUAUCAGUUUGCGCAAAAAAAUUGGUGAACUAUAGUUUAUUUUUUUAUGCCUGGAAAUAAUCUGUACUCUUUAAAGGUUUGAUAGUAUGUGUGUCAUUUUGUGAAGGGUGAUCACAGGGGAGAGAUUUUCUCACUCUUGCCUGCAGUGGAGCAGUGAAACCCAGUGCUGUUUGGCUUUAAUAUUAACUUUUUUAAUGGUCUUCAUGAAGGAACUGAUGGACGAUUGUUUAAAAAAAAGGAGCAGUGAAACUUUAAAGCACUUCACACUUAUUGUAACCCCUCAGUUCCAGUGAAAUGGCCUUUCCAAAAGGGUUCUUUGCAACUAAAAGGUAAUUUCUGUAUGAAACGAUGAAACACUUAGGCAUUUCUUUAAAAAUGUUUUGAAUAUCUGUAUAAAAAAAUAAAUGAAAUUUAUGUAUAAAUUAAAAAUCAA